CCGAAAUUGAGUUUCUCUCGUGGAGAAAACGUCACAGAAUAUUUAGAACGGAGUUGAGGUAUAAUAUAAAGCCCCAAAUCACCGACUUUGUGAGAAGAAUGAUGUCAUUUACUGGCAUCUGCUGUCAUCUCCCCAAUACCAGUACUGGCCUACAACUGUAGCAAACAGCUUGCUGAGAUGCACGCUCCCUAAAAUUUCUUUUGUGACCUCUGCUGUCCACAACUUGCUUCUUUGCCCUUUGCAUGCAACACAGGCAGGAAUUAAAAGUCCGGCUGAGUGGAUACGGAUUGUCCUUGUGGCAAGGAUUGAUCCUCACACACACACUGUACAGUACUUUUUAACUUACUUCAAUUGAUUAUAAUAAAUUGAUAUAUAUAUAGAUAUUUGGCCAUGGAGAAGGACGACAGCCAUCAGCAGCAGGCGAGUGUCAGCCACACGGAGGAAGGAGAUGACCCGAGUAUCCUGGAAAUUGUGGCCAGCCGCAUUCGGCAAGGCGCGGAGAUGGAAAAACUCAAUGCCCAAGAUGGGCCCAUGUCUGUCCAACAACAAGAAGAAAGAAAGCAUCAUCUUGUGACGGCCUCCAACGCCAAUGAGACAACAGCAGCAGCAGCAGAAGCUACAGAAGACGCCCCAAAUUCUACCACCAAUGUUGCUCCAAAUGACCUGGUGGUUUCCAUAUUGGCGUCACUACCCUCAGAAGAUGCCACCAACGAAUCACCACCUACCAAGGACAUUACAUUACCCAAUCGAAUGCAAGCGGAACAAGGAGGAGCGGACGAGGAACAAGCCGUUCCGCAGCCCGUGCUUCUACGACGAGAACAAGGACGCCCCCCAGCCAGUCUCAGUCAUCCAGGUGCCUUUGCCAUUGAUAAUACUGGUACCGGUACAACGGGUACUGUUAUGACAGAAACGCAAACACAACAAGAAGAAGAUACUGUACCGGAACCACCAGCAGUGACUUUGACACACGGCAAUGAUAAUGUUGCUCCAACGGAAGAAAACAACCACCACGACAGUGGUUUGGCCGUGGCCAAUCCGGUCGACGAAGAAUCUCAUCCCUCUAAUUUGCCACAGGCGCAAGAUUACAAUGCUGAAUCCCAACACCAAAACAGAGAAGAGAGAUUGAAACAGUUCAAAACCCAGGUCUUCGUGGGAGUCAUUGUCUUGUUGGUCAUCAUUCUCAUUUUAGUGGCUAUCCUGGCUCCUGGAAAGAAGAAUCCAGAGGAAGAUUCAGAGCCCACAGAGGCACCAUCCGAGGGGCCCACCCGCAACCCAUCGCAGGCUCCCACUUUGGAUUCCGAGUAUUGGCUAUCUCUGUUCCCUGCAACCACCGUCACUGCCAUUAUGAAUUCUCCCGGCUCUCCUCAGUUCAAGGCGUAUGAAUGGCUUCUCCAGGAUAUCGACAAUUUGCCAACUCUUUCGGAUGCAAGAAUCCUACAAAAAUUUGUGUUGGCUGUCUUUUACUUGGCCACUAACGGAGAGGAAUGGACCACCAAUACCCACUGGCUCAAUCACAGUGUCCAUGAAUGUGACUGGUACCAGAAAGCCGCAUUCGCCAGAAAGGAUGUGCUGUCCCUCUUUGUGCCCAACUACUUGGCAGGAUUCUUGGACCCCACUCCCGCGCCAUGCGACAAUAACAACAACACGGGGCUCUAUCAACAUUUAUGGUUGGACCAAAAUGAGCUGGUAGGAUCCGUGCCCGAAGAACUGUACCUGUUGACAUCCUUGCAGUCGUUGUCCUUGGAAUUCAAUCACCUGACCGGAACCAUUUCCAGUGGGAUUGCCAGUUUGACGUCAUUGGAAGGACUGUCUUUAUCUCGAGCGCUUCACACUGGAAUGGUGCCCACGGAAAUAGGGCUGCUUACCAAAAUGAGAGUCUUGUUCUUAGACAACAAUCUCUUAUACGGAUCCAUUCCAGCUGCGAUUUGGGAUCUCACCAACAUGGAGACUUUUUCGUUGGCCGCAAAUGAGUUGGAGGGCUCCUUGUCCUCUCAAAUUGGGACCUUUUCCAAUCUGCAAUGGCUCAUCUUGGAUGAUAUUGGGCUCACUGGCACCAUUCCAACAGAGAUUGGACUCCUGGAAUCACUGGAUUGGUUGGUUCUGUUUAACAACAAAUUCGAAGGUGAUCUGCCUAGUGAGCUGGGCAAUAUGCCAAAGCUAAAUACACUAUCGGUUGCAAACAACUUGCUGCAAGGGACCAUCCCAACAGAUUUGGGUCUGGCCACUACUUUGUUUGUGCUACUUCUGGAUGCCAACCAAUUUGUUGGCCCAGUUCCCAGUGAACUGGGCCAGCUUACAAGCCUAUUUUAUGCCUUCUUCCAAAACAAUCAGCUCUCGCAGUCCAUCCCCACCGAGCUGGGACAAUGGAGAGGAGUACAACUGCUCGACUUGUCCAACAACCAAUUCUUGGGUCAGAUUCCCAGCGAUUUUGGUAACCUGGAUUUUGUGGGGCUUUUGAAUUUGGCCAAUAAUUCACUAACCGGCACAGUGCCUCAGGACCUUUCACGACUUAACAACACCCUGUACAGCUUGAAGCUGCAGGCGAAUGAACUUUUGUCGGGUGUGAUUCCUGGAGAUCUCUGCAACAUCAACGGCACCUGCCCUCCCAAUACAGUGAUUCAAUGUGCAGGGCCCUAUGGCUUAUCAUUUGACUGUACCAGCUCCCUCUGUGGCUGUGGAUGCCCUUGUGAUUGAUUCUGGUAGAUAAGAAAAUACAUAAGUUUGAUACAUUCCUGUUCUAGC